GCCGCGCCUGGCGCCAUCGGCACGCGAUUGGCCGUGCCUGCGGGUUCCGGUGUCGCGUUGGCUGCGGGAGGGGGAGGGGGGGAGAGGGAAAAGGAGCCCCCGCGCAUGCGCAGAGGCGCCCGGCCGGGGUGGGGGGGGGCCCCGCCGCCGCCGCCGCCGCCGCCGCCGCCGCCAUGACCAACGUGUACUCGCUGGACGGGCUGCUGGUGUUCGCGCUGCUCCUGGUGUGCACCUGCGCCUACCUGCGGAAGGUCCCGCGCGCCAGGGCCUGGCUGCUCGGCGAGAAACGGGGCAUCUGGGGGGUCCUCUACAAGGCCGCCGUCAUCGGCACCCGCCUGCACGUGGCCGUGGCCAUCUCCUGCGUCCUCAUGGCGUUCUACGUCCUGGUGGUGAAGUGACCCCGCGGGGACCCGCCGGCCGCAGACCCCGGCCCACCCGCGCCCCCUCGGCGGGGCUGUGGGUGCCACCCACCUACCCGUGAGCGGUUGGAAACGGGAGCUCCCGGCCGGGCGAGGGGCUCAGGGUGCCGGCCCCCCGCUGCGGGGGGGGAGACCCGGCCGAGCCCCGUCAGCGCCUCCUCCCGACGCCGACCGCCGCGGGACCGUGGGCCCCCCCGAACCCCUCUGGGGGGGCCUGGCAGGGCCCCUCCUCACCAGGGGGGGAUCCCCUCAGCGGCGGGUCCCUCCCCCCCCCCCCCCCCAUACCUGUGGGGUUUGUAACAGCACCCCCACCUCCCCCCCCCCCCCCCAGGUUUGUGAACGCUGGACCGUGCUGUGUAAAUAAAGUGGGGGCUCC